UACGUGGCUAUCUCGUACACUUGGGGAGAUACGGGUGAUACCCGAAAGAUUGAGAUUGAAGGAUGCUUGAUCCCGAUAGCUGUCAGCCUUCACGGCGCACUGCAAGUACUGCGAAAAAAACAGUCAUCCGUGCUAGUAUGGGCAGAUGCUCUAUGCAUCAAUCAAAAGGAUCGCGAUGAGCGGAGUCAGCAGGUUCAACUCAUGCCAUUCAUCUACUCCAAUGCGGAUAGCGUCGCAAUCUGGCUCGGUCCGGAAGAGAACGACAGCAUACGAGCCGUUACGUUUCUCGACGCCAUCGCGACUACAGGUGAACCUUUCGGUUCCAGCAAUAUUUCCCAAAUCUUAGCAGCUGGGGCCGAAAACGGUGAUCUUUUGGCGGUUGUGUCGCUUUUUGGGAGGGAGUAUUGGCGACGACUUUGGGUUGUCCAGGAAGUCUCCAACGCGAAAAGAAUUAUGGUUUACUGUGGCUCGACUCGUCUUGAGUGGAAGAAAUAUCAGAGCGCCUCGUUCAGCUACGUUCAGACCCUCAUUUAUCAAGGGCCAGCCAGUUUACCAGACCUCAAGUUCCACAUGUCGGAUGGAGAAGAGGCUCUUCUACAGGUGCUACGAACUUGUCGCAGAAAGCUCGCAUCUGAUCCUAGAGAUAAACUCUAUGGAAUACUUGGCGUCUUACCAGCCGGUAUUCGAGAAGAGUUCCGCGCGGACUGUAAUCUCUCCGUGAAGGAUGUGUACACUGAGAUUGUCGACUUUCUUCUCAAGACGACCGAGAAGCUCGACAUUAUCUGCGAAGCGAUCCACUUCCCUGUUCACACCAGCACCGCAAACCUUCCAACAUUCGUUCCGGACUGGUCACACAUACCGCAAACGUCAGCAAUGGGCUUCAAAUACAACUUCGCAGCUUCAGGCUCCAGCAAAGCCAUUUGCAGGUUCCGUGACGAACGUCUCAACAAGCUUGAAAUUUCAGCACUCGAAAUUGAUGUUGUGCAAAGCAAAGGUGUCGUCGUCGGAACGCUUUGCAACCUAGGAGAUUAUCUCAUGGCAUUCCUACACUGGAGAGCACUACUUCUCCAGGCUGUUGAAGGUCGUAUUGAGCAAGAAAUAAAAAUGGCGGAAGAAUGCUUGGCCGCGACGAUAUGUCUUGGUCAAAUCCCAUCGGAAUAUGACCGAGGCCGAUGGCAGGCAGAAAUCUACCAUGUCUUUGCGAACCUCUUCCGCGACCGGCUACCAUACAUCAUACUCGAUGACAGACUAGCUUACUACUUGAAAACUCCAUCUGAGGUCAAAGCUGAAAUGAGGCGGCACUUUCUGCAAAUUCAUUUCGGGGAUCGUAUGAUGGGGAGAUGUUUCUGUCUUACACAGAAUCGUCGGCUUGCGAUGGGUUCGGGGUUCAUGCUUGCGGGUGAUAUAAUAGUUGUGCCGUUGGGUUGUUCGACGCCGAUAUUGUUGAGGGCUGAGGGGACGCAGGGCGAGUAUAGAUACGUGGGCGAUAUAUAUAUUGACGGGUACAUGUUUGGCAAAGCUGUUGAUCAAUGGCAGGCGGGAAAGAGGCAGUUGAAGAAGUAUAUACUUCACUGA